AUGAAAGAUUGGAAAACGAGACUGAGCUACUUCCUGCAAAACUCCUCCAACUCUACUAAAAUGAAAUCUCAGAAAGCGGGGAAACAUCGCACCUACUUCAGACCUUCCCCUGAAGAAGCCCAGUUGUGGUCAGAAGCCUUUGAUGAGCUUCUUGCUAAUAAAUAUGGUCUUGCUGCUUUUAGAGCUUUUCUGAAGUCUGAGUUCUGUGAAGAGAACAUCGAGUUCUGGUUGGCCUGUGAAGACUUCAAGAAAACCAAGUCACCCCAGAAGCUGACAUCAAAGGCAAAAAAAAUCUACAACGACUUCAUUGAAAAGGAAGCUCCCAAAGAGAUCAACAUAGACUUCCAAACCAAGAACAUGAUUGCGCAGAAUAUUCAAGAAGCCACACAUACCUGCUUCAGUGCAGCGCAGAAGAGAGUUUACAGCUUAAUGGAGAAUAACUCGUACCCGCGGUUUUUGGAAUCUGAAUUCUAUCAGGAGCUGUGCAAGAAGACGCCCAUCACCAGAGCAGCCCAGGGGACAUGA